AUGGGGCCCCUGGGGAGAAGCCUUCUGGUGCUCUGUGUGGCCACGAGCAUCACAACACUCUGUGCUCAGCAAGGGGAGAGGGUGAGUGACCGAGAGGCUGUGGCCCUGUUGCUGGAUGCCUACAACAGAGAGUCUCAUGAUGACUACAUCUUUGGACUCCUUGAAACCAAACCUGCCUCUGACCAGGCUGGCCGCCGGAUCCUGAGUUUCACUGUCCAGGAAACCAAGUGCCUGAAAUCAGAGAAUCAGAACCUUGACCAGUGUGAAUUCAAGGAAGGUGGGGUGGUGAGAAACUGCAAAGGAGAGGUUUCCUCUGAGCGACAUCUCCCAGUGGUUGUGGUCUCUUGUGACUCUGUGGAUGCACAGGGGGCUCAAGCCCAGGAAGAGUCAUCUGAUAAUGUAUUAGCAGCCUGCCGCCGUGACCGCCAUGGCCGCUGCCGUGGCCGUGGAAGACGAAAGCGAGGACAAAGGGGAGGAAGACGGCGAGGAAGACAGCGAGGGAGACAGCGAGGGAGACGUGAUGUAGAGAGGGAACCAUCAGAUACCUUUCCAUCCAGGCAUGGGAGGACUUUUUCAGAAGAUUCUUUUGCUCCUUCCUUCAGGCGUCGGCCUAGGCCCUUUCCCAGGCCACGGCCUGGGCCCUUCCCCAGACCCGGGCCUGGUCCUCAGCCUGGUCCCAAUUUCCCUGGACCCCAGCCUGGCCCCAAUUUCCCUGGACCCCAGCCUAACCCCGAUUUCCCUGGACCCCAGUCUGACCCUGAUUUACCUUGACCCUAGCCUGGGUCUGAUUUUCCUGGGCCUGGUUUUUAGCCUAGGCUCAUCUUUGGCUAAGCUCCCCAUUUAGGUUCCUGUCUCAUGCCCAGAAUUCCAUCCUUAGCCUAGGUUUACUAAACCUGCUUCUUUAAUGAGUUCCAAGAUCUGAACCCAUAAAUCCAAUGGGAGCAGAGCAUGCACAAAUAGGGACCACAUGCAAUAAAAAGUCCAAGAAUCAAAAGAAGAGAUUAGACCAUGGAUUGUCAAAGGGCAGGGACCGUUAGACCUUCAAUGUAGCAUUCUAAGCAGACAGCACCUGAAUAAAGGCCUUGGGAUAUCAAGAAGGAG